CUACUCCCGGCUUGGAGCCGAUUUCUACAAAAUCCCCAUCCUCCCAUUCUUUCGCCGACCACCAUCCUGUUGAUUUACCACCCUUAAUACUUUUUCAACUUCCAUCCACUCUUUGUAUCUUCGAUACACCACGCUCUUUAGCAUUUCCUCUUCGUACAAGUAAUCUUCAAUCAUGCGUUUCUCUACCGUCUCUGCCGUCUUGGCCUUCGCCGCCUCGACCUACGCCCAAACUGCUGGUUUCGAUCCCAUCACCGCACCAACUCAAGAUCAAGAUGUGGCUGCUGGUUCGACUCUGGAUAUCAUCUGGGAGCCUUCUGCGAAUUACACCGGAACUAUCUCAAUCACACUCCUCGAGGGUGCUACUCCAGCCACUCUGAGCCUGGGUGAUGUUGUUAAGGCUGGUAUCGAAAACUCUGUCGGAAAGUACAGCUGGGCCAUCCCAUCUGAUAUUGCUUCCUUCGCGACCUACGGAUUCAAGCUCACCCUCGACUCCGAUACCACCAUCUUCCAAUACUCGUUCCCCUUCCACAUCACCGGCGCCUCUUCCACCUCCUCAGGAAGCGUGACCGCAGUCUCCACCAAGACAAUGAUCCUCAGCACCGGAACUGCGUACACCCCAUCCUCCACACCUACCUCAUCCGCCAACAUCACAUCUGUCGUCAAGACUGCUUCCUCAAACGCUACCACCAUGUCAACGGCCACCUCCGUCAAGCCAACCGGAAACUCAACCUUGACCUACAUUACCCCCACCACCACUGGCGCUGGAAGCACUGCAUCCAAGACCGGCUCCGCAACCACGACAUCCAGCGGUCCAGCCUCCGCAACCACCAACGCCGCCGUCGCCAACAUCGCAUCAGGCAGCAUGGCACUGUUCGGAGGAUUGAUCCUUGCCUUUGCUUUGUAAGAGAAAGAUGAAUAUCGAGCUGUGUGGUAAUAUAAUCGUACAAGUACAGAAAAACACCCUCGGGGGAUGGAUGCAUAUACCGGAUUAUCUCAUGCUACGGCGUUUGUCUCUGAAGUCAUUUUGUACAAUACCCGGAUUCUCUGAGAGGUAGCUGAACUGUGUUGUUAUUGAGAUGAGAUGUUUGUAUCGAAUGAUGGACAUGAAAAAUGAAAAAGCAAGCAAGCUAAAUUACAUAAUUUCUAU